AUGGAUUCGAACAAACUUGAGUUUGGUACCCGUCAACAUCAAUUUUAUGUUCAAUUGAAGUUUUGUCAGUCUGACGUUCAAACACAAAAUAAGCUUGACGGAAGUUCCGGUCUGGGCCUACCACACGAGACCCAAGAAGACCGAUUUGUGCACAAUAUGCGCAGACCUGGACGUGAACCACACUGUGACCCUGUCAUAAUAUUUGUGGACACUUUUCCUUGA